AUGGAGCCAAUUAUCUGUCCACUUUUCAAUCCCCAUAGCCGUGAUCUAGAGGGAGUUUUCCCACUAGAUGGAAAAGACCUUGACUCCAUCCCAGACGAGACUUUGGCUAUCCUUCUCGAAUCUGCUCCCGUCCUCCACAAACUUGGUAGCACGACAGUUGUACGGUUGUCCCAACAUUUGAUAAUGAAAGGUGGCGGCAGUGUUCUCCCUUGCGAAUCAGAGUCACUCAAUCUCAUUGCCUCCAAAACUGGCAUCCGAGCUCCACGAGUCCAUCGCUCAUUUCAAGUCCAAGAUGAGACACAGUAUUUUGGCACAAGGGGAUAUAUUGUGAUGGAUUUUAUUGAAGGUCAGCCCCUCGAUGAGUGUUGGGGCAGCCUGUCCUAUGACAAUCAAAGGCACGUCGCCACACAGAUCGCGGAUAUAAUUGAAGAAAUGCAGUCUAUUGUGAUUUCGCAGCCUGGUCCUCUUGGUGGUGGGCCGUGUCGUGGCCGAUUCUUCACGGAUUAUAGUGCUGGUCCGUUCGAGGAUACUGCUGCACUUGAAGGCUGGUUCAAUCAUAAGCUUGAAAUAUGUAAGCUUGUGAACCAAGCUCCAAAAGAUAUUCCGUCAUUUCGCUUCACAACCUUUGUCCUUACUCAUCAAGACAUAAGUCCUCGAAACCUGAUCCUGGACCGGAAUGGAAAAGUGUGGUUGAUUGAUUGGGCACAUUCUGGUGCAUAUCCUCCUGUUUUCGAAAGCGCUGCAUUGUCGGCUCAGCAGUUUUUCACUGAUUUUAAUGAAGCAGUCUUGUGCUUGGUUCCACGGUACCCCGAGGAAGAACUGCAACUUCAGUCUAUUACAUAUGGGUUGAUAACUGCGGCAUUAGCCUGA